GUUGUCCGUAUGCCCUAACUCCGACCUCUUUCUCUUCCCCUUCCGGCACAGCCGUCGGCUCUCCCUCAAGCAUGCUCACCCCGAGGACGAUCGACAACCCCCACCCCUCUAUUCAAACCUCUCCACCGUCUCAGGAUAUGGAUAAGCAGCGGAGGAGCUCCCUAGACGAAGACGAUCUGCCGUUCGAUCAAGACAAUCUACCGUCUUAUUUCGUCAAACUUUGGGAUGGUCAGCGUUUCGACUAUUAUGACACAAGGUUGGAGACUUGGGACGAUACCACUCCUAGGGAAUUAGAAUCUAUUACUGUCAAGGAUUUUGACGCGGCUAUUGCUAAGGCUUGUGAGGAGUAUGUUAGGGAAAUUGAAGAGGAUGAUCGCAAGAGCUUGAUGAUGGCACUUGAAGUCUAUACCAAGCAAAAUAACAUGCAGCCUACUGAUCUUGAAUUUGUGCAAGUGAAAGAAAGAAACAUUUUACUUGAUGAGGACGCAAAAAGUUAUUUGCAUUUCAACUUUUUAGUGAAAGGACUCGAUGGUAAACAGACGAUGUUUUUUGCUGAAUUGUGUCUUAAGAUCACUGAUGAGAAGGAUGUUCUUCUCUGCACGCCUUUGGGGGAGGAUGACUUCAAGCUAUCAAAAGAGAAUGAGCAAGCCUGUUGUAAAGGGUGCGAAGAUCGGGCUAAAGGUCUCAUACAUCCCAGUUGUGGUAGCCAUUUAGUUGGACAUGAUGAAAUACAUCCCAGUUGUGGUAGCCAUUUAGUUGGACAUGAUGAAGAGCCUGAUGAUGAUUACAUGUAGUGAGAUGUUUAAUUAUCAUAAAUCCACUUUAGAUCUCACCAUCCAUGGAGCCUGAAGUUUGAAAAUUAAAAAAUCAUACUUCCAAGUUUUAGAAAAUUCUGAAAAAGAACCACAUAUGCAUUGUUAUGUAAUGUACAUGUGUGUAAAAUUUCAGAGUGAA